AUGGAUAUCCUCCCCUUGGAAAUAUGGGACCUAAUAGGAAAUGAACUCGCCGAAGAUGGUUCACGACAGGAUCUUGCCUCCUUGAGACUGGUAAACCAUCUGUACUGUCAGAUAGCAACACCGCAUUUGUACCGUUCACUACAUCUUAACACGGCUCAAGAUGAUAUUGACCAGCUGCAAGUCGGCGGACUGGGACAUCCGUAUCUUCAACACACACGGCACCUUUUCGUGAGGUCCAAAGGCAAGCCUUGGGCUCGUUCAUCAAUAACCGAAAGGGGGAUCCAUCAAUGGGGGGCAAACAUUAAUUACCGCCCGUCGCCGACGACAGAGGGCGGGUUUCUGGAUGCACGUCUCACGAAAAGUCGAGUUCCUGAUAUAAAUUCCAUCAAGACCUUCCGCGGCAGUUGGGAGCCACUUGCUUCUCUUAUUGCUCGCUUCCAUUGUCUCAAACGCCUAGACUUCUGCGGAAUUGCUCCAUUUCCAGCUACCGUUCAGGAGGCCUUGAGCCAUCAUCCUAGUUGUCAACUCAAUCUGUGGGCAGAGCACAGCGUGGGGUAUAGUGAAAUGGCCGGCGAGAGAGAUCCUUAUUCCAUAUGCCGUCUACUACGAUGUUCCAAUCUCCACACAUUGGCCAUCCAUACAACCUGGAGAAACAGUACGCUACCAGGCUGGGUCAACCUUACCGACCAACUUCCCUUUAUCUUUGUUGCUCCGAAGCUAAAGAACCUUGUCCUUUGCGGCUCCGGGGAACAUAUGUACGCGUAUGAACCAUAUCGGCAAUGGGAAAUAUUCGAUAGGCGGUGGCGAGAGCUUGCGGCCCGAUUCGAGCAUGCCCCUGUAUCUCGCCUAGAGACACUUACCCUGGCUAGCGAACAUGAAAUGCUCCUGCUGAGACUAUCAGAAGCCGUCGAUCUAUCCUGCCUCCGUACUUUAAACCUCCACGGGCUCGGGCGAGUGGAGCUUCUGGGAGAUAUUUCCAAGGCCUUUCCAGGUCUACAACGGCUGUCGAUCAACAUGCAUUCAUACCACUGGCCUACCACGAACGUUGACAACCAACAGGGCAUAUCGGGUCUAAAGCUGUUUCCACCUCUCAAAUUCCUUACUCUCCGUGGCCUCCGGCAGGCAUCCAGCGUCUUAAACAUUCUUCAACGACACGGCCCGUCUCUAAAGGGACUAAUUCUUGAGACGGUGCCGGAAUAUCCUGGUCAGAUGGAAUAUUCAUAUCCAAAGUUCACUUCCUCCGAGGUCAUUCAACUAGCAUCUCUCGCUCCAUAUCUAGAGGACCUCCAGAUCCAAUGCCUCCGCUCAAAAGGAAAUAAAGCAGAAUGCGACUUCUAUGGAGCCCUAGGCCACUUUCAGAACCUACGCAAGCUACUCAUUGAACUCGACUGCAACGUCUACCACCCACCACCUGAAAGCACCGCCGCCCAAAUCCAACUUAUGAAAGACGGAUUCAUCAAUGCCACCGUGGACACCAAACUCGCGCUGCAGGUGUUCUCUCUUAUAACCAGCCACCAACCCUCCGGUCGUUUAAGAAAAUUACGCCUAGCCCCAUUCAUAAUACACGGAUCCAAUGUGGAUACACUGCACCAUAAUAAUUUUCUGGCGAAACAGGUGUUGGUAUCGAGGUUUCCGCUGCGGGUAGAGGAGGUUGGGAAGAAAGAAUGGGAAAUAUUUCACAAUUUGAUUGAACCUAGUCGGCUGUCUUUGCUGGCGGGGCUUGAUCAUCUUCUUGAUGAGACGUUGCCUUUUGUUCCUGGGAGGGAACCGUCGUGGGAUCGCUAUGAGAGUGGUCCUUUGGAUGUGGAUGAUACCUAG